AUGAGUGCCAUCCAGGCGGGCUCCCCGCAUCGUGUUUUUUUGCGUGGGCUGCCGGUGGAAUUGGCCAACAGGUCGACUCUGCAAAACAUCUGCAGCGCUUUUGGCGACGUAGAAGAUGCUUGGGUUCGUGUGGUGGACCGCACAGCCGGGCUGCAUGAGAGCUGGAGCUUCGUGCAAUUUGCGACUGGCGCAGGGGCGACCUCAGCGGCGGAAGCUGGCCAAGACAUCUGGGAGCGAGUGGCUCAAGCUCAAGGGCUGCAGAUCGAUGCAUCAUCCAUAAAGGGCACGCUUCUACAAUCUCAGAAGCAUGCUGAGGGUGAAGUCGUCGCAGAGUCGGUGGUUCUUGAUGCGUUGGAAGCUGAAGAUGUUGGCAACUUUGACUUCGAAUCUUUCAGAGAAAGAUUUUCGAUGUGGCUUGGGCGUCCUGUUUUGCGCCGGGAUGCCGAGAUUAUCUUCAAAGUCUUACACGAGCACAGGCCAGAUGCCACAGUGCACGGGAUACUUCGCUCUGCGAAAGACAUGCAUGAUGACGAUGCACCAGCAGGAACAGAUAUUCUUCUGGUCAUGGCAUACUCAGCCAACUAUGCUCCCGGAGCUGUUUGCCAAAGGGUCAACUAUGAGUACUCCAGAAGGCAUGGCUACGGCUUUAAAUGCGAAGUCCUGACCAACGAGGACAUGCUUGCCGCAAUUUCCCCUCGAGAUGCGCUCACUUGGUACAAAGUGCUGCUGUUGAAGCGAGAGCUGAGCACCGAAACCUACAAGUACGUUGUUUGGCUUGAUGGUGAUGCUGCCAUUCUCGACCAAGACAAGUCCUUCGAAAGUUUCAUUCAUCAGGCGAAGGGUCGCCACCUCAUUCUGCAGGAGGAUCUUUCUGCAGAGUGCCGAGUCAAUUGCGGUGUGAUGAUCUUUAGGAGGUCCAACUGGACUUUGACAUUGCUCAGACUGUUGUGGGAAGGAAACCUUUCCAGACGACAUCACUGCAAGCCGUACUAUGAGCAGUCGGCACUGGUGCGACUCUUAGUGGAAGCCAAGGAGCUCCCAGCCAGGCCUUCGACUGCACGGCUCCAGCGCCCCUGGCAUUCCGACAAAGUCUGUCUUCUGCCGCUGCGCUCUUUGCAGACAAACCGGCUACGCGAGGUGCAGCUCAUCCACCCUGACAAAAGUUUCGUUUUCCAUCCGCUUUUUGCGUCGGAGCAGUUUGCAGAGGACAAGGCGCAAGCUCUGUGCUCUGUGUUGGCAAGCAUGGGCCACUCGAUUCGCGAGGGCGACAUGCAAUGUCCGCACAAGUGA